AUGGAUUCAAAUCUUAAACUUACAACAACAAAUUCUACUCUCUAUGAAGAUCCUUCAGCUUAUAGAAGGAUGAUUGGAAGAUUAUUGUACCUAACAAUCACUAGACCUAAUCUUGCAUAUUCAGUUCAAGUUCUAAGUCAAUUCCUUGUCAAACCAGUUGUUAGUCAUUACCAAGCAACUAUUAGAGUCCUCAAAUAUCUAAAGGCCACACCUAGACAAGGUAUUUUCUUCUCCUCUUCAUCAAAAUUGCAGCUAAAGGCCUUCUCAAACAGUGACUGGGCAGGGUGUGUUGAUACUAGAAGGAGUGUAACAGGUUUUGCCAUUUUCCUGGGCAACUAUUUGAUCUCAUGGAAAAGUGAAAAGCAGGCUACCAUUAGCAGAUCUUCUGCAGAAGCAGAAUAUCGAGCCCUUGUUACAACAACAUGUGAAAUUCAAUGGCUCAUUUUUGCCUUACAAGACUUAAAUAUCAGUCACCAACAACCAACACAUACAGACAGUAAAUCAACAUUAUCUAUUGCUACCAAUCCAGUUCAGCAUGAGAGAACAAAACACAUUCAAAUUGACUACCAUCUUGUUAGAGAAAAGCUGCAGUAA